CUUCCACAGAAGGCCGGAGUCUCUCUCUGGUGCCAUUGCUCUGGCGGCAUGAUACCGGAACCCUCGUCCGGGACUGCUCCACAUAAAAUCUCGGCGCGCCGCUCAGUACCUUCCGUCCCGAAUUGCCAAAAUUUUUGGAGUCCCGUGCGGCACCUCCGUCUCCGUCCCCGUCUCCGUCCCGGGGGCAAACAUGACGAGAUUCGUCUUUUACACAGCCAUAGGUUGAGAGUGCGGAGUACAUCAUCAUUUAUCUUACAUGCCACACCACACCGCCUUUGGCUGUUGGUGCAACCUCAGUUGAUCCAACCCCUCAGUUGAGGAACCUGAUCCCAUCAAGCUUCUUGCAAAGCAUGAUCUGGCCCACCACUGUCAACACGCGCUAAUCUACUCUUGUUCACGAUGUCUGUCACUGGCGAGCCAUUGGGACAGAGUGCAGAGACUACGGAUCAGUACCGUCCCCUCGACACCUCCAAGAGCGAGAUCCGCUUGCUCUCGUUCGAGAAUACUGCCAAACAUACCCCAGUACGGCUCAAUCUCCACUACGUAUCCCUAAACGACUGGAAGCCCGAAUAUGUCACUUUUCGCGACCAGAAUGCAUCGACGAGUCGUUCUCAGCUCUCCGAAGCCUGGAGCGACCGGUUCGAAUUCACGCUUGCUACGCCGCGGAGCGAGAUCUACGACGCCGUUACAAGAUUUACCUGGGGCGAUUACACCUGCCUAAGCUACACAUGGGGAGACUGCGCGGCCCAGAAAGCUACGAUCUUCCUAGACGGCGUCGCCAUCGCUGUGAAUAAGAAUCUAGUGGCGGCUCUGCGCGACCUACGGUCCGGCUACGAGUGCCAACUUGGCAUAAAAGUCUGGGCGGACGCCCUUUGUAUUAACCAGGCGGAUGUUCUUGACCGGAAUGCCCAUAUCUUGCGAGUGAAGGAUAUAUUCGGUGGAGCUUUCUCAGUAACGGUCUGGACGAAGGAACACGACGACCUGGGGGCUCUCAGUCUUCACCUAUCAGGCGAACGACUCACUCUUUGUGAAGUUGUUUUGCGAGAAUAUGGAAGGGAAGCCCUGGAAGAACUUCUCGGGGUCCGCGACCGCAAUUGGGGGGCGGUGGAGGAUAAGGAUGAACAGCUUAGGGAAUUGGUGGAAGAUGUCGACGUCCUAGUGUUUGACCAGUAUCACUGGGCAGAUUCCGACGACGAGGAUGACUACGGAUUUGGUACGCUGCAUUUACGCGAUAUAGUUCGUGUAGAGUUAUGGCAGAUGUUUCUGAAGAAAUACUGGUCGCGGUUGUGGAUUAUCCAGGAGCUGGCGGUCAGUCCCAGCACAUCAACGGUACACUGGGGAGGGUGUUGGUUCCAGCUGUCGACUCUGCAGGCCAUAGGCGAUAUUCUUCUCGCCCAUCCUGGGUCUGGAGACUUGGACUCAGGAAACUGGGAAGGGCUGAAGCUGAGAUUGGACCUCUUGGCAUUUAUAUCUACCUGGAGGACACUGGAGGCUACAUCGGGUGUCACGGAAUGCUCGUUGAACGAUGCGUCCAUCCGGGAGCUCAACUUGCUCGCGCAACAUGCAGACUGCUCACUCCCGCAGGACAAAGUCUACGGUCUACUAGGGUUAUUUCCGUCGUCCGUGUCAAGUGCCGUGGCGAUCGAUUACAGCCGAGAGACGGCAGUGGUCCUUGCUGAGUUUUGUUCUGUGGUCCCAGGCUGGAACUGUAAUUAGGGUAUCUACAAUAAAUAGUUCACCGUUCGCCGAGCAACAACA